GGAGGUUGUUUCGCAUAAAAGAGCGCGCAAUUUAAAAACUUUUGCUUUCAACUGGAAUGGAAAAAAAAAAAUAGCAAAUAAUUUUUGAAAACUGUGAAAGUGGAAAACUGAUGAAAAAUUUAAGAAGUUAAAAACCAAAAAAAAAUAUUUAGAAAUAAAUUAAAUACGAAAUUGAAAAAUUUACUUGUGUUUCGAAAAAAAGUAAAAAAAAAAAUAAAAAAUGUCUUCUCGUGUCAUAAGCUCUUUGAUGGCCGAGAGUUUCCUACUCUCCAAAACCGUUAAAUACAUAUCCGGCUAUUCGCCAAUAACUGUAUUCCUAGUCGCAGCCAUCGCCAUCAUUACCGUGCUUUAUAAUAGACGUCGUGCCCGCUUGGUGCGUCUCAUUGAAAAAAUACCUGGACCCAAAGCAAUGCCCCUGCUGGGCAAUGCAGUGGAAAUGAGUGUCGAUCAUGAUGAAUUAUUCUCCCGUCUAACCGGCUCUCAACGCAUGUGGGGCACGCGUAUUGGCAUGAAUAAAGCCUGGCAGGGUCAAACACCUUAUGUCAUGUUAUUUGAUCCAGAAACUGUUGAGCCCAUUCUUAACAGUCAAAAAUUCAUUGACAAAAGUGGUGAUUACGAAUACUUGCAACCCUGGUUGGGCACUGGCCUUUUGACAAGUUUCGGUCGUAAAUGGCAUUCCAGAAGAAAGAUUUUAACACCAGCUUUCCAUUUCAAAAUUUUGGAUGAUUUCAUUGAUGUUUUCAAUGAGCAAAGUGCCAUCUUGACAAAUAAAUUGGAGCGUGAAUUGAACAAAGAAUCAUUUAAUAUCUUCCCCUAUGUAACAUUGUGUACCCUGGAUAUUGUCUGUGAAACCGCUAUGGGUCGCAGCAUUUAUGCCCAGAGUAACAGUGAAUCGGAUUAUGUUAAGGCUGUUUAUGGCAUCGGUGAAAUUGUCCAAUCCCGUCAAUCAAAACUGUGGCUACAUCCCGAUUUCAUUUUCCGUAUGACCGCCGACGCUAAACGUCACACCAGCUACAUUAAUACCCUACAUGGUUUCUCCAACAAGGUGAUUCGUGAACGUAAAGCCGAAUUGCGUGAGAAUAUGAACAACAACAAUUACGACAGUGUUGCCGAUGCUUAUGACGACUUGGGUAAAAAGAAACGUUUGGCUUUCUUGGAUCUGUUGAUUGAAUACUCACAGGAGGGCACAAAAUUGUCAAACUCCGAUAUUCGUGAGGAGGUUGACACGUUUAUGUUUGAGGGACACGAUACCACAUCGGCUGCCAUUUCAUGGACGUUGUUCCUGUUGGGUUCUCAUCCUGAAUAUCAGGAACGUGUUGUCGAGGAAUUGGAGUCGAUAUUUGGUGAUGAUCGUGACACACCGGCCACCAUGAAGAAUCUCAUGGAUAUGCGUUAUUUGGAGUGCUGUAUCAAGGAAUCUUUGCGUUUGUUCCCCUCUGUGCCAAUGAUGGGUCGUUCCAUAAAUGAAGAUGUUCAGAUUGGUGACUAUACCGUACCAGCUGGCACCACAGCCAUCAUUAUGACUUACAUGCUGCAUCGUAAUCCUCGUGUCUUCCCCAAACCGGAACAAUUCAACCCCGAUAAUUUCUUGCCUGAGAAUUGUGCCGGUCGCCAUCCCUUCGCCUAUAUCCCCUUCAGUGCGGGUCCACGUAAUUGCAUUGGUCAAAAGUUUGCCAUUCUCGAAGAGAAGGCUGUCAUCUCCACAGUAUUGCGUAAAUAUAAGGUUGAAACCGUAGAUCGUCGUGAAGACUUGACACUUUUGGGUGAAUUGAUUUUGCGACCCAAGGAUGGUUUGCGUGUUAAAAUUACCAAACGUGAAUGAAUGAAUGAAGGAAUGACGAAUUGACUGUAAUGUGAUUGGUCUAUUCUGAGAUUAUCUUGCCAACUUCGAAAGAUGAAAAGAAAUUGCAACAAAUUAUUAGUAGUAGCUAUAAGUUUGUAAAUAGCUGUCGUCUAUCUCUGUAGAAUUUUAAGUUUUCCUACCAACCCCCUCCCCCUGCCUUUGAUAUUUGUAUCUCAAUUUUUCAGCGGGGCAAUUCAGCCGUAGAUGUUUAUACCAAAAUUUAUUUUAUUCGUUUUAGGCUAUAAGUUGAAUAUUAUUUUCGUAUAUUUGAUAUUA